GUUACGAUUUCUCAAAGUGUAACUCUGCAAAUUCAAAUAUUACAAAAUGAACCUACUAUUUACGAUCUGCCAAUUGCACCUGCUUUCAGAAUUUUUUCUGCAUCUGUUCAAGACCCUUCUGAACCACAUGGAGACAAUGCUAUUUUUCAUUUAAAAAAAGGAGUCUAUAAUAGUAUGAAUAGAAAAACUACUAAUUUGUCAGUUAUAUGUAAAUAUAAUCCGAAGGGUCACCAUUCAAAUGUAGCUGAAGCUACACAUCGUCGAACCAUUUUUUCUGUUGCUGAAAAUUCAAAAUCGCAGUCGUGUGAUGGGGUAGAACAUGUAAAAAAAAGAAGAAAAAAAGAUGAAGAGCUUAUGAAAAUUGCAGAAAUUUUUGAAUCCAAAAACCAAAAUCAACAAAAUAAGAAAAGUGAUUUUUCUUCAUCUGAAGAAAAUUUAAAAUAUUCCAGCG